AUGGUGAUGAACACGAAACUAGCACCAAAUGUUGUCCACUGCAUGCUUUUUGGCAUAUCAAGCUUUUCCCUGAUAACGACUACGAAAGGAUGGCAAGGAGGAUUUUCCAUUCAAAGGCCACGGAAAUUCUUGAUCGUCCCCAAGACGUUGCCGCAGAAGACCAGUCCUCGGUUUCUCCAAACCGAUGUAGUGGUGCAGCAAAGCGCUCGAGACAUCGAAGAUCCCAUAUCAAAUAUACAUAAUGGAAAGCGCCUAUUGCGUUCGGAAAAAAUUAUGUCCAUGUUUACGAAGAAUGGAAAAUCCGAAAGAGAAGCAGUGGUUCUGCAACAACUACGACAAGAGAAUGACCUGCUGCGGGUUGCUCUACAACGAGCCGAAGCCGAGAACGAGCGGCUGCAUAGACACUACGAUAAUGGAAAUCGUAUUAUUUUGGAAAGCUUUGAAGGAGAAGGAAGAUUUCGAAGAGCCGAUGACGGAGUAAUGUCGGACAUUCCUAUGACACUCACAGGAGAAGAAAUGCUCACGGAAGAAGCUUCACAGUGGUGUGAUGAAUUGGAAGAUGAUGCCUGUCCGCUGGAACCGACCAUUUCGUUUGGAGAGGCACUACGAGAUCGAGCUUACUGGUUGGUGGGGCUUUUGAUCAUGCAAUCAUGCAGCGGCAUUAUUCUGGCACGGAAUGAGGUUCUACUGGCCAAUCACCCUGUCAUUAUAUACUUCUUAACCAUGCUGGUGGGUGCCGGCGGAAACGCCGGCAACCAAGCCUCGGUCCGAGUGAUACGGGGGCUUGCUCUCGGUACACUGAACGAAAAGACACAGGGCCAGUUUUUGUCACGAGAACUCAAAAUGGCGUGCGCACUUAGUGCUAUUCUCUCGGUAACUGGGUUUGUCCGAGCCAUUGCGUUUCGGACGCCCUUCUCCGAAGCGAUCGCCGUUACAAGCGCGUUAGCAUUGAUUGUUUUCUCCAGUGUGUGUCUAGGGGCAAUUCUUCCACUGGGACUGAAAAGGUUAGGCGUCGAUCCCGCGCACAGCUCCACGACUAUUCAAGUUAUCAUGGACAUUCUCGGCGUCGUCAUUGCUGUAGCUGUUUCCAGCAUUUUGCUCGACAGUCCGCUAGGGAUUCUUCUCAUUUCUAGACUUGGUGGGGGUUCCUGA